GUCCUAUUGAUGGUAAAUCAAGCAAAGAGGAAGCCUUGAAGCAGCUAAGUAUGAAUGAAGCACUAUUCAAGGAGAGAAGAGGUCAAUGUUCACCAUAUGUUGCUAGAUGGGUGUAUUCACAUGGCAUACCAUUUAAUGCUCUUGACAAUGAUGAGUUUUGUCAAAUGUGUGAGGCCAUAGGCAAAUUUGGUCCUGGAUAUGAGCCUCCUACUCAAUAUGAGCUUAGGGAGAAGUUGUUGAGUGAUGAAUAUGCAAGGACCAAGAGUUUGUUAGAUGAACGUGAGAAGGAGAAGAUAAAGCUUGGGUGCACCAUCAUGACAGAUGCAUGGACGGACAUGAAGAGGAGGAGCAUAAUGAAUUUGUGCAUGCAUUGCAGUGGGGGGACAAGUUUUCUCAAAUCAAAGAAAACAUCUGAUGUGUCACAUACAAGUGAAGUCAUAUUUCAGCUAGUGGACAGCGCAAUUGAGGAGGUAGGGGCGGAGCAUGUGAUGCAAGUGGUGACGGACAAUGCUUCCAAUAACAUGGGAGCCAAGAAAAUGUUGCUUGAGAAGAGGCCGAAGAUCUUUUGGAGCUCUUGUGCAACUCACACUAUCAACUUAAUGCUCCAAGGAAUUGGCAGCCUCAAGAGAUUCAAAACAAUAAUUGAUCAAGCAAAGAACCUCACCAUCUUCAUCUAUGCGCAUCACAAGACUUUGGCAUUGAUGAGGGUUGCUACAAAAAGGAGAGAUAUCAUAAGGCCGGGGGUGACUAGAUUUGCUUCCGCUUUUCUCACAUUGCAAAGUUUGUUGGAGAAGAAAGAUGCUUUAAGGUAUAUGGUGGUUGAAAGAGCUUGGGAAGAUAUGAAAAAUGUGAAAACAAAGAAAGGCAAGGAUGCAACGGCAACGGUGAUGGAUGCAAACUUUUGGAAAGGUGUGCUCCUAUGCAUAAAGGUGUUUGAGCCAUUGGUGAGAGUACUUCGUUUGGUUGAUGGGGAUAUUAAGCCAUCGAUGGCUUGGUUGUAUGGAGAGUUGGUGAAUGCAAAGAGGGAGAUGAAGGAGGCAUUUAACAACUUGGAGAGGAACUACAAAGAUACUAUGGGCAUUGUUGAAAAGAAGAUGAAUGGAAGGCUAGAUUCUCCACUGCACAUGGCCGCAUAUGUGUUGAACCCACACUAUAGUUAUGCAGAUAGCUCCGUCUUUACCACUGCAAAUGAAGGAUUUCAGGAGUGUGCUGAACAAUACUAUGCAAAUGAUCAUGAUACUUGCAUGCUGGUUGUCAAUGACGAGUUUCUGAAAUAUGAAAACAAAGAAGGAACUUUUGGAAAGAAGCUUGCAAAAGCAUGUGAAAAUAAAAGCUACAGCCCCGGUAUACUUGCUUGCUCCUGCCCACUA